CGGAGGCGAUGGUGUGUGGGGUUCAAGGGCUGUAGCGUGGGAGCCUCUGAACGCAACGGCAGCUGGGCAUUAGGAAGCUCGACCUAGGUAGUAUAGCCGUACAUACAAAGCUUAUGUAUAGAGGCUGCGGCAGGAAGCCUAAAUGAGAGAGUACAAGGGUAUAGGAGCUCAGAGUGCAUCACGUCAGGGGGGCUAGGCGGGAACGUGAGUGGGAGAAGGCGUGAGGACGAGUCCGCUAGUGUGGUGGAAGCUAAAUUCAGAGCCUGGGAGAGACCGUGCGGAAUCAAGUAACAAUCUGAGAUGCGGGCUUUGACGCCAGUGGUCGCCUUGGUCUCGGAUGAAUGGCACGUAUCGUCGAUAGCCAUCAGAAAAGCCAUCAGGUCUCUCCAGAAACACGCACACACGCACAGAGGUUUGCAGAGUUUGGAGGCAGGAUUUGGGAUGACCCAUCCGUGAUCUCUUUUGUUCAUGGACCAGAAGUUAUGAACCCCUCUCAUUAACAUAAAGACAGGAAAACGUGCUGUUUCCAGUUCCUUAUUUCCCACUAGAAUUGAGGUAACUGUGACCCCACAACGACACUGAAACUAUCCUGGUCAAGUUUUGUGACUUCAUCAGGCCAAAUUCAGUAGUAAUCUGCCCUUAUUGUGAUCCUAGUACUAACUGACAUAAGUUGGCUUCCGUGAGAGUCUUUCAUGAUAAGACCCUCCACACUCUCUUGGUUUCUCUUCUACUUUUCUCAGUCUCGUGUGAACUUGUCUACCUCACCUCAAAAUAUUGGUGUACAACAGGGGUCACUUCUCAGCCUUGUCUCUCCCAAGGUAUCCCCAGAGUACUCUAGCUUUAAAUACCAUCUAUCUGCUCCCAUUUUUAUAGUCCAGCCCCAACUUCUGCCCUAUUUGACCUCUUGUUAGAUCUGAGUGUCUAAUAUGCAUCUCAAACUUAGCAUGUCCAAAACAGAAUUCUAUUUUUACUCCAAAUCUGUUCUUUCCCCACUCUUCUGUAUCUAAAGGCACCAUCAUCCACCUCGUCACUCUUUUACCUCACAUAAGAGAAAGAUCAAAGUGGGUAGUACAGUCAUAAAUUUUAAAUAGGGAUUAGGGUAGGCCUUACUGGGAAUGUGAUAUUUGAGUUAAUAUUUGAUAUGCAGAUAUCUGGGGGAAGAGUAUUUCAGGUAGAGGGAACAGUUCAUACAAACGUCCUAGGGUGAGAGGAUGCCCGGUGUGUUCAAGGAAAGUAAGGAGGCCAGUGCCAAUGGAGCAGUGAGUGAGGAAGUGUACUAGAGGUUGAAGAAGUGAUGGGGUGGGGUGGGGGACAGUGCAGCUCAUAUAAGACCUUAUAGGCUAUUAUAAAGCUUUUGGCUUUUACUCGAAGUGAUUUGGGGAGCCACUGGAGAAUUUUUAGCAGAGAUAUGAUCUUAUUUAUAAUUUUAAAAUAUCUCUAUUUGCUGUGUUGAGAAUAGAUUGUAGAGGAUGAAGAACAGAAGCUGGGAGAUCAGUUAGUUGGCUAUAUCAUAACUAUGCUGGUGAUUCCCAAACUUUGAUGCACUUUAGAAUCACCUACAGAGUAGUGAAAAAUCCCAGUGCUCAGGUCACAUCGCAUACCAAUUAAAUCAAAAUAUCAAGGGGUGGGAGCCAGGCAUUAGUAUUUUUUAAAGACCCUUGAGUGAUUCCAAUGUGCAGCAAAGUUUGGGAACCACUGAACAAGGCCAGAGAUGAUUAUGACUCGAGUUAGGGUAGUAAGCAGUGGAGAUGGUGAGAAGUGUUCAGAUUCUGCAUAUGUUUUGAAGAUGUCAAUAAGACUUCCUGACAGAUCAGAUCUGGGAUAUGAGAGAAAGACAGACAUCAACAUCAAGGAUGACACUGAAGCUUUUGGACCAAGGCAAAGAAACUGCCACCGUCUCUUUUGUGGACUCCUGGAGCCAAAGCAGAAAGAGUGACCUCUGGUAUCUAGUCUGGAAGAGCAGUGCAAUGUCUAAUACGGUGGUUAGGAAAUGUUACCAACACCAAAGGCUGAUUCUCUAAGUGGAUAAAAGCAGGCGUUUACAUAACAGGAAAUGGCAGAAACUGAGGAUUUUGUGGGUCAGGAGCCACAUCCAGUUGAUGAUGAUUUAUUUAAAGAACCAAUGAAAAAAAGAAGACGUUCAGAUCGAGACCAGCGGUUCCGAGCAUUUCCCUCUGUGGAACAAAGUGCUCUUAAGGAGUAUGAAAAAUUGGAGUCACGGACCAGAAGGGUUUUGAGCAACACUUAUCAGAAACUUAUUCAGUCUGUCUUCCUGGAUGACAGCAUUCCUAAUGGAGUCAAGUAUCUCAUAAACAGGCUUCUUGCCUUGAUUGAAAAACCAUCAUUGGACCCAAUCUACAUUGGAUUAUUUGGAAGCACUGGGGCUGGGAAGAGCUCCCUGAUAAAUGCCAUCAUCCAGCAAGAAAUGUUUCUACCAGUGUCUGGAGAAAGUAUAUGUUCGUCAUGUAUUGUACAAGUGAGCUCGGGCUGCUGUGAGCAGUAUGAGGCCAAAAUCCACCUUCUCUCUGACCAGGAGUGGAAGGAGGAGCUGAAGAACUUGACUAAACUCCUGCACAGGACAGAGGAGCUGAGUAGAGAAGAGGUGGAUGAGUGGGACAGGGAUGAUGCAGUGGAGGAAGCCAUCUGGAAGCUACAAAUGCUUUAUGGAAAUGGGGCGGAAAAGAAGAACUAUGAGGAGUUACUAAGGGCAAAGCCCAAAGGAAAGAUUCCCACCUCCAGAAUCAUCACCCUCAAGGCAGAAGAGGCAGGAGAGCUGUCUGUCAAGCUGGACCCCUACAUCCGGACUCAGAGGAGAGACUGGGAUGGAGAAUCAGCUGAGACACAGAUCUGGCCCUUGAUCAAACAUGUGGAAGUGACUCUUCCCAAAUCAGAGCUGAUUCCAGAAGGGGUUGUGCUGGUGGAUAUUCCAGGCACAGGCGACUUCAACAGCAAGAGAGAUGAGAUGUGGAAAAAGACCAUUGAUAAAUGCUCAGUGAUCUGGGUGAUUAGUGACAUUGAAAGAGUUUCUGGAGGGAGAGUCCAUGAAAACCUUCUGAAUGAGAGCAUCAAAGCCUGCCAGAGGGGUUUCUGCAGGGACGUUGCCCUGGUGGUCACCAAGACCGACAAACUCCACUUGCCGGAAUAUCUAAGGGAAAGAAAAGUGAGAACUCAAGCUAUUCAAAGUCAGCGAGAGGCUGUUUUAGAAAGAAAUGAAAUGAUAAAACUACAGAGGAAUACAAUUCUCAAGGAAAAACUAAAGAGAAAACUGCCGGCCGACUCCAAGGUUCUGGAUACCUCAGAUCUGGUGUACACGGUCAGCGCCCAGGAGUACUGGCAGCAGGCUCUGCUCACUGAGGAGGAAACUGAAAUCCCCAAGUUAAGAGAAUAUAUCAGGAAAAGGCUCUUGGACAAGAAGAGGAGGAUGGUGACCAAGUAUGUUACUGAAGCCUUUGGCCUGUUGCUCCUCACAGACAGUUUCAGCUGCACGGAAAACCUGCCGAAUGAAUACUUGCAUGUGAGUAGCCUGCGGAGAUUUGUGGAGGAGAGGAUACAGCUGCUGGAGAAGGCCAUCGACCAGUGCUUUGCCCACAUAGCACAGCCUCUGCAAGAAGGGGUCAGAAAUGCCAGGACUUCCUAUCGACGGAUCCUCGGGGCAUGCUUGGUGAGGAGUAGAGGAAACCAGGGUUUUCACCAGACUCUGAAAGCUGUUUGCCUGAAAAAUGGCAUCUAUGCCUCCAGGACUCUCGCAAGAAUAGACCUGAAUGAAGCCAUCACUCAGCCCAUCUAUGACCAGAUCGAUCCUGUUUUUGGAGGCAUUUUUGGAGCUGGAAAGCCCACUGGUUCAGCUUUGAUGCCUCACAUAGAUGCUUUUAAGCACUCUCUACAGGAGAAAAUGACAGAAAUUGGGAUAAAAAAUGGCUGGAAAUACAACAGCUGCAAAAAAAGUUUCCUAAUCCAAGAGAUAAGUGCCAUCCUGGGAGGCCUGGAGGAACACAUCCUCAGAAAGAAGAGGAGGAUCUAUGAGUCUCUCACUGCCUCUGUUCAGAACGACCUGAAGCCCUGUUAUGAAGAGGCAGCUCAGAUCACCGGCAAAAAAGCGUGUGAGAGAAUGAAAGAUGUCAUCAGAAGAGGGGUGGACCAGCAGGUGGCCGAGGGCAUGUUUGAAAGGGCUCAAGAAAGGAUGCAGCACCAAUUUCAGCAGCUGAAGAAUGGAAUCACGGAGAAGGUAAAGGGCAGUAUUGCCACCAUGCUGACCCUUGCUUCAUCCCAGGGGGAUGGUCUCUACAAGGAGCUUGCAGAUGUCAAAAGUGAAUACAAGGAGAUGGGACAGCUGCGCAGAAGCCUGAGGGAGGUUGCUGAGAACGCAGUGCUGCGGAGGGGCAUGCAAGAUUUCCUCCUAAGGGUGUCCCCCAGCAAAGUUGGCCCUCCUAAAACAUAGAUUUAAUUCUUGGGGCUUUAACACUAAAGGGAUGAAAAACAAGCCUGGAGCCAAAUAAUUAGAAUUACUUCUUUUAAAAAAAUCUAAUAAAGAACAUCUUCCAAC